AUGUCCGACGACUCUUUCAUCCAUGCUUGCGCCGGUGGUGUUGGUGGCAUGGUCGCCAUGACCGCCACCUACCCGCUCGUCGGCAUCUCGACGCGUGCGGCCGUCGAGUCUUCCAAGAACCCCGAGGAGCCCAUGGUCAAGGCGGCCCUCAAGAUCCUCCAGCAGGAGGGCGUCUCCGGCCUGUAUGCGGGCCUCAGCUCCAGUCUCAUCGGCAUCGGUGUCACCAACUUCGUCUACUACUUUUUCUUCGAAAAGUGCCGAGAGAGCAUCCUCAAGUCCAAGGCCAAGGUCGCCGCGGCUGCCGCUACGUCUGCCACGGCUACAAUCGUCAACGGCGGUGCCCUGACCACCUUUGAGUCCAUCCUUGCUGGUCUCAUUGCAGGCACCGCCACCACCGUGUCGACGAACCCGAUCUGGAUCGUCAACACGCGCCAGACGGUUCGUGUCGGCUCGGCGGAUCCCAGGGCGGACCCCAAGGCGGCGGCGGCGGCGGUGAAGCGUCUGGGCUUCCUGCAGACCAUGCAGAAGAUCGUGCGCGAGGAGGGCCCGCUGGCGCUCUGGAAGGGUCUCGGCCCGGCGUUGGUGCUCGUCAUCAACCCCGUGCUCCAGUACACCGCCUUUGAGCAGCUCAAGAACUGGGUGGUCAAGUCGCGCCUCGCGCGCGCCAACGGCGGCAAGGUCUCGCUGUCCGACUGGGACUUUUUCUGGCUCGGCGCCCUCUCCAAGCUCUUUGCCACCGGUCUCACCUACCCGCAGAUCGUGAUCAAGAGCAGGCAGCACGCCGGCGCCAGCAAGGGCGCAAGCACCAACAUCUGGACCGCCAUGACCGAGAUCGUCCAGCGCGAGGGCAUCGCCGGCCUCUACCGAGGCAUCGCAUCCAAGCUCCUCCAGUCCGUCCUCACCGCCGCCAUUCUCUUUGCCAGCAAGGAGCGCGUGUUCAACAUCACCAAGGCCCUCAUUGCGCCUGUCGCCGCGGCCGCCCCGGUCAAGAACUAG